AUGGAAAGUCCACAAUCAUUUUUGCAGGUCGAGGCCAUCUUUAUUAUGCUGUUGGUGCUGGGGAUCACAAUUGUUGACUCUCUGAUUAAACAGUGGACGGCAUACAGAAAUACGAUGAAAUUUGAUACACCAGUUGGCAUUGUUAACAACACUAACUACAAAUCAGUGCCACGAAUGUCCUGCUGGAUCUAUACGGAAGAUAGAGAAGAUUACUGGCAUACACCCAUUCAACGUAUACGUUGCAUUAAAUAUCAGGAGUUGGAGCAACGUGUACGGAUCAUGACGGGAGUCCGACGAAGACUUGAUCAGCAGUUUUAA